GGGAAGAACGUUGUUUACCAUGGCGACGGAGACGCUACAGUUUGUCGUUAACAGACACAAAGUGCCUGUAACGUUGUUUAUUUUAAUGUACAUCGACGUCCUGCGGUGCCAGCCGUUCACCAUCCCCUUCAGGACUCCAUCAGACUGCGGCGCGGAGGAGUUUUUCGAUAUUUCGAGUUUGUCGUGUGUGAGGUGCGGUCCAAAUCAGCGGCGGAGCACAACAGGACUGAGCUGUGUCUGCCAGAGUGGAUACAAAACUGUUACCACUGAUAAAGCGUCCAUUUCUUGUGAGAAAUGUCUCCCAAACAAACCGGGCGUCACAAAAGAUGGGUUUGGUUGUAUUCGCUGUCCAGGCGGCCUCAGUAAUGAUGGAAAGUGCCAGUGCCCCCCUGGUGAUGUCCUGGUGGAAAGAGAUCUCAAUGGAACCCUCUUGGAAGAGGCCAGGUGUGAAACAUGCGAUGAAGACAGUCCUGCUUUGUCGGUACCAAACAGGAAUGGAGACAGGUGUGAGAGAUGUCUGGCUGCCUACGUUAAUACCUCUUGUGCAUGUAAAUCUCCUAACGUCCCGGGAGGAGGUUUAUGUUUCCCUCCUAGUAUCAUCUCCACCAAUGUCAAUCCCACUGUCACUUAUUCUCAGUUGAAGUUCAGUGUCCAGUCAGCCUGGUUCCUGGAAAACCUCUUCUCCUCUUCCUCAGCUUGCCUUGGCUUCUCCAACCUGACAGCGUGUCAGGCUCUUGGAAACAUGUGUGUGAUGAACAUGCACUCUUUCAGCAGUGCAUCUACAGAUGCCUGUGCACUCUUCAACAACAUCUUCAGAACCAUGGCUGCUUUGAGCUCAACCCAAGGCAUUUCUUACUGGAGAGCUAAUCUGCCGUGGCUUUAUUACGGGGAUGAACCAGGACUUGCCAGUCGUGUGCUUCAGACUGAUCCUGUUCCAAUUGGAUUUAGCUUCAGAGGUAAAAACAAGAACACAGACUUUAGACUGCUUGCUGCUGUCUACAAUGUCAGAGGAGAGUUUCUCAGAUGGGAACAAGUAGGAGGACAAAAUCUGCAGCUUUGUCCACAGCCAAAAACCAAACGGGCAGCAGCCUUCAGCUUUGGGACAGCUUACAAAGAAAGUUGUGUUCUCUCAGUAGCACAGCUGUUUGCCACCCACCCCGAACCAUUGUUCUAUGACGUCUUCCUGGACCUCGGUGGAGGAGAAAACACAAAACUUCUACCCCUGCCCACACUGAUCCAGAACCAGCAAUACAAUGGACGAUUCAUCAACCAAGACGUGUUUGGUAGGUUUCAGUUGGUUCGACGAACCCAGGAAGGGAAGGUGUUCCCCCCUCUAAUGACUGUGACCUACACAGAUGUUCUCAUCACGGAUCUCAACACUCAAACUGUGGCUACAACCUUUGCUGUAGAGUAUGAGAUGGAUCAGAGUGAGGCUCGCUUAAAGACAGAUAUUGCUCUGGGUGUGUUGGGUGGGGUGGCCGUGCUCUACUCCCUGAUGAAGACCAUCAGCUGGAAGAGGAGGAUUGCAUCUUCCUUCAUUGAUCUGGAGACGAUGGUGAAGUUUCUGUUGUUUUAUGCUGGUGACCUGGCCAAUGUUUUCUUUGCUGUCACUGUGGGAACUGGACUCUACUGGCUUAUCUUUUACAAAGCCCAACAGUUUGUGUCGGUCCUGUUACCACUGCCGGCUCAGGAGGAGCAGUUUGUGACAUACAUCGGCUGCGCCUUUGCUCUAAAGGCUGUCCAGUUUCUCCAUAAGCUGGCCCUGCAGGUUACGGUUGAUAUAUUUCUCAUCGACUGGGAGAGGCCACGAACUAAAACUAAUAGAUCUGUGCCAGUGAGUGGCGAAUCAAAACAUGACACCUCACCAGUCAGCAUCUGGAGGACUUACUUUGUGGCCAAUGAAUGGAAUGAGAUUCAGACAAUCCGCAAGAUCAGUCCGACUUUUCAGAUCAUGACUGUGCUUUUCUUCCUUGAGGUGCUGGGCUUCUCAAACCUGGCCUUGAGGGACCCCUGGUCAAAUUUACAGCGAUCUCCCGAAGAAUACACCCCCUCAUACAGCCUGACACUGCGCUAUGGUGUGGCAGCCACGCUGUGGCUCUGCAUUGGGCUUCUGCAGGUGAUUUUCUUCACUGUGUUUUAUGCACACUUUGUGGAGGACAAAAUCCGUCAGUUUGUAGAUCUCUGCUCAGUCAGUAAUAUUUCUGUGUUUAUCUUAUCAUAUCGCUGCUUUGGAUACUACAUUCAUGGCCGUUCGGUUCAUGGACAUGCAGAUACAAACAUGGAGGAAAUGAACAACAAUUUGAGAAGAGAAGCCGAGUCACUGUGUGCUCAGAGGGGUUUACUCCCCAACACAGAAGUCCAGACCUUUCAGGUGUCUCUUACCAGCCGUUUGGGGAUGCAGUAUAAAAGAAUACAGGAAUCAAUCAGCAGGAGGAACCAGCCAUCACGACUAACAGACGCAUCCACGCUCAGCUCGCUCGAGCCGCACUUCAAAGCUUACCAGGCCAUGAACCACUUCCUGGGAUGUGUUAUUGACCAUGCCCACUCUGACAUGGACUACAUAGUGAAGGACAAGCUGAUGUUUGAGAGUGUCAUAGGGAUGGAGUUUCUUGAACCCACUGAGAAGAGCAUCUUUUACAAUGAUGAGGCGCACACUUUUAGUAACGUGCUGUAUUAUGGAAACGAGGCCACACUGCUGAUCUUUGACACCUUGUUCUUCUGUGUCGUCGACCUUGGAUCUCAGAGCUUUGUGCUUGCAGCUGUGCUUACAUACGUGCAGCAAGUGAUAUUUUGCUUUUUGCGUAACAGUUUGGGAAGGAAGAACCUCGCCAACAAGACUCUGGUGGAUGAGAGGUUCCUAAUUUAAAAUUCGUUGCUAGAUAGUUGAUAUCAUCUUUGUUAAUUAGCUGCAUUUCUUUCACAGAUAAUUACUAUUUACAGAUUCUGUCCUGUUUGCACUUCUUUUAAUAAGUGGUUCUGUAAUAAGUGGUUUUUACUGCUGAUUUUGAUGUAAAUAUUCAAAUUUUUUGACAUAUUUUUGAUGUUUUUGUAUUGAUUAAAUGUUU